AUGUGGUUCACCGGGUACUGCUGCGGCGUGAACGGAGCACGCACAGCAGCAACGGUGGGACGGGAUUGCGACGGUGGCAACCAAAACCACGACCACUACGGCGAAAAUUACGAAAAUUGCAACCAGAACUGGAAGUACCAGCAGCAGCAGCAGCAGCAGCACCGGCAGCACGAGCAAACCGUUAUGGGUUGCACACCGAGCAUCCUUUCGAACGGAAGCAACAAUCAGCAGUCGCGCAAGGACAGUGGCCUGUACGUCGGCAACGUGGCGGCCAGUGGCAAUGGAAGCAACGAUACCAGCAGCAAUGCCGCCGCCAACAACAAUAAGCUAAGCAACAGCAGCCCGGUCAACCCGACGAUGGUCAAUGCGCCCUACCCGGGUGCAGCAUCGAAGGACGGUGGUACGGAAAAGGAAAGUGCGAAAAAAGAUUCGAUCGUUUCGAUAUCCGCCACGGGGCACAUUACAAGCUUUCCUGUCGUUUCCACCACCGUUAGAAGACCGACCGCUGGAAGUAAGUUGCGAAAUCUUAUCUCGUUUUGCAGUAAGUUUCACCAAUACUCAUCGGCAAGAUUGUGCUGUGGUACCUCCAGCAGCUCGGGACGGUACGGUCAUCGGAAGUCGUCGCUGGCAUUAACACCGGAGGAGGAACCACUCGACUCGUGCCCGAGAUUAGUAUCGGAUCUGAAGUUUCCCAACCUGCUACCACCGAAUCCUGUGAUUAAGAUUUUAAUUGCCUUCUGCAAGAAUGAUCCCGUGUUCGAUGCGCUGGUCAAUGCCAGCCAUCGUCUCAGCCUGGAGCCAACGUUCGUCAAGUCGGCCGAAAGUGCGAUGGAAGCGUUCCAAAAUCCCAGCUCGGGCGGGCAUCACAUCAUCAUCGUGGACGCGCGAUACCCGCGCUCGAUGGAGGCGGAAGCGCUCGGCAGGUCAAUUCGCAAUUCGAAGGGUAGCCAACAUACGACAAUGGUUGCGGUAGUGAAAAAGAGUGUAUUUGAAAAGGAUGAUACGGCUGUGAUUUCUCUGCUGGAUGUUGGCUACAACAGGUGCAUUAUCGAGUCUCCACAUGUAUCGAUUUGUUCGUCGGAGCUGCGGCAAAUCCAGCACUCGCUCGUCCGACCGCAGAAUGUGAUAUCGACUCAACAGGCACUAUAUACGGCGCUUCAUCGAUCGAGGGAAGCGGUCAUCAUUACCGACGAUACGCUCCGGGCACAGUAUGCGAACCGAGCUAGCGAACGUGUGCUGAAUAUGAAGCUGGAUGAAAUCGUUGGCAGAUCUCUGAACGACUUGGUAACGGCCGAUAUUAGUAAUAUUUUAUCUCAUACCAGUAGAUAUAAGGACUACGACGGUUACCUUACCACGCGGAGAAAGUCCCAAGAAUCAUCACAAAUCCAUGUUCGUGCCGUACCUGUCUCGUGCAUCGGAAGGAAUCCCACACACUUAGUUUUAAUCCUAGAAUCAUCAUCCAGCGCACUCGUGUCAUCGAACGCGAUCGGUGAGGCACUGCAAACGUUACCGCAGGGUAAGGAGGUACCGCGCGGUUCGCUGCACUCGAUUCGACGGGGCAGCUUCGACGUGCGGUCAAUCGCGUCGGAUGGGCUGCGGCGGACCAGCCUGGCGAAGCUGUCCUCGCUGCCGCUCGAGGCACCGAUCACCAAAGUACUGAGCCUGCUGGCACAGGUUCAGGAAAACUGCUCGCUCGAAGAAGCCAAGCUGCUGGACCGGGUGAUGGAGUUCCUCAAGCGGGAAGGACUGUACAGUCCGCAGAUGAAGGAAAUCCGUACCGAGGACCCGGUGGCCACCGAUCUGAUAGGGGCCCUGCUCACGCAAGGACCAACGAACAUCCUGUCGUCCAGGCGCAGCUCGAACGACUCCAUCAUACGCGGCGGUGGCCGACCAUCUACAGGGAGCAUCGUUUUCAACAAAACCAAAGAAUCUUCAGAACUGUCCGACCUGCUACAGACGGCCCUGGAUUGGGAUUUUGAAAUAUUUAAGCUAGAGGAACUUACCGAGAAACGUCCAUUAGUGUGUUUAGGAUUAGAACUGUUCCGGCGGUUUGAUGUGUACAAUACGUUCAACUGUGACGAGAUGACGUUCAAGCUGUGGCUCAUUGAGAUGGAGAAGCACUACCACAGCGAGAAUACAUAUCACAACAGCACCCAUGCCGCUGACGUGAUGCAGGCCACGGCAGUCUACCUGCAACAGCUGAGCAACCGAGAGAUAAAAAUAAUGGACCGAAUGGACGAAGCGACCGCUCUCAUUGCCGCCGCAACCCAUGACAUAGACCAUCCGGGCCGUUCGUCUGCCUUCCUGUGCAACUCCGACAGCUCGCUGGCCCUGCUGUACAACGACAUCUGUGUGCUGGAGUCACACCAUGCGGCGACCACAUUCCGGCUGACGCUAGCCGACGAUAAGAUCAACAUCUUCAAAAACCUGGACCGGGACAUGUACAAACUGGCGCGCUCCAUCAUUGUCGACAUGAUACUGGCAACGGAGAUGACGCGACAUUUCGAACAUCUCGCCAAGUUUGUGAGCGUGUUUGGCACGGACGUUGAGUCGAAGGAACCGAUACCGCCGGACAACGACGACAAUCAGAUACUAGUCCGGCGUAUGCUGAUCAAGUGUGCGGACGUGAGCAAUCCAACGCGCCCGCUCAAAUUCUGCGUCGAGUGGGCCCGCCGAAUUGCGGAGGAGUACUUCAUGCAAACGGACGAGGAGAAGCGCAAAAAUCUGCCAAUCGUGAUGCCAAUGUUUGAUCGCACGACCUGCAGCAUCUCCAAGAGCCAGAUUGGCUUCAUCGAGUACAUCAUACACGACAUGAUGGACGCAUGGAACAGUUUUAUCGAAAUGCCCGAAAUCAUACGCUACAUGGAGUUCAACUAUUCGCAGUGGAAGCUGUUCGAGGAGCAGGGCAUCAACACACUCAGCGACAUCAAGCGGAAGCAGAUGUCACUGCACGAAGAGACGGCAAGCACGAUCUCCCUGGAGGAGAAGUUCUAG